AGUUUGUUCCUCUUUUCGACGUUUUCAACCCUUGUUUACUGGGUAACAUCAUCAUCGUCAUCCCCUUCCUUCUAGGUAUACCCAAUGAAACGGCACCAGUAGUUGCUGCAACAACACUGCUCCAAAACCGAAUUAAGUCGACGAGCUGAAGAGGAUGAUGUCAACAGCAUAAAGUUUAUCUUCCUUGUCAGUUCGAUGCCCCAUAUAAUUUAGUAAUUUCCUUACCGUAACAAGACCAGCCAACACUAAAAAGAUGUUGAACCCAGUUUCCGUCUUCCUCUACCUCCACCGCAUGGUAUGUCACACAAAUUUGGACAAUCUCGAGUUUGUAUCAAAUGCAAAAAUGUCUGGGUCUGGAAAAAUGCGAGUUUGUCAUGCUUGUCUGGCAUGACUCCUAAAUCUGUGAUGCAUGAGGGGUCAGCAGGCCUCUUGCCUGUCAUGCGAAAACACAGUUUGUCAUGCGGAAAACGAAAAACAAUAGCAGCCCAAAAAUUUGUCAUGCUUGGCUGCGUAUUGCAGUGCGCCCACCAGUAAGACUUUUGCAUCACAAGUUUCCAGACCCAGACAUAUUUGCAUUUGAUAGUUUGUUUCUCCAAGAAAAGCCUUGCUCAUCGAGACAAAGGACUAUCAGCAGACGCGAGAUUUUGGUCGGAAACUACUGCAGAACGAACACGUCCUCGGCGACGAGAGAUCAUCUUUCGCUUGCGAUCACAGCAAUACAAAUUUCUUUCGCUGCCUCCACGUCCAGUCCAGAUUUCUCGCGCUGCGGAACGAGUACGAGACGCUUCUCGCGUAUGCGUUGCAAAAUUAUCGAACUCGUAGUAGUUCCCCAGUAGUUGUAUGUACUUAGUUCUGCAUGACAAACAAGGUCCGAGCGUGGGGACAGGGUCCCCACGCGGGCCCUUGGCUUCGGUUUCGGCUUGAGGUUUCGGCCUGGGGCUUCGGCUUGGGGGUUUCAUUCGGCCUGGGGUUUCUUUCGGCUUCAGGCGACGGCGACAGACUGACAGGCGACAGAGUUGGACGGCGGUGCGCCCUGUGCAGAAAUGCCACCGCCGCAGAAGCGUGGAACGGGCUCUGCGCAGUUCGUGCAACACAUCUGGACGCGGGGCGUUGCUCCCUCGCAUGAAAGCAAGGGCCGACACACGAAGUCAGGAGGGGGAUAGCCGGAGAAGCAAGGAGCGGAGCGUUGCAGGGCUGGCCAGCUGGACGGCCUUGCGGCCUUGGGUUUUCGGAAAAGCUGGCCAGCCUUGCAAAACUUUACCCACUUUCUUCAAGAUUCACCGCCCUCGCAUUCUGUUCCCUCGGCGAGGGUGUGGACUUGGGGCGCCGCGCGAUAGCCGGCGAGGGAAGGAACAGAGCGGGCCAAGGUUGGCCAGCUUGCGGCUUUUUGGCCUUGGGCUUUCGCCAGGGCUGGCCAAACUUGAAAAAAUUUCAUAAGUUUGCCCCAAUUCUCCCCAGUUUCGCACUAUCUGCGGCCAAAAUGCUGCCGCGGGGCUUCGCGCAAUGGCCGGGGAGGCAAGGAACAGAGCGGGGCAAGGCUAGCCAGCGAGCUCGCCCGCCGGACGGCCUUGCGGCGUUGGGUUUUCGGAAAAACAGGCCAAGCUUGGAAAUGUUUUCCAGCUUUUUCAUGAUUUCCCGACCCCGCAGCACCGACCUGCGGCCAACAUGUGGCCUCGGGGCUUCGCGCGGUAGCCGGGGAGGCAAGGAACAGCCAGAGCGGGGCAAGCCUGGCCAGGUCGACGGCUUUGCCUUGUGGCCUUGAGUUUUCGCGAGUCUCGCGAGAGAAAAGCAGGCUGGCCAAACUUGUAAAAAUUGCGCGCUGCAGGGUUUUUCAAGAUUCCCGCGCCCGCUGCAUUGCCUACGCCCAUAAUGGGCGUCGCCGUGGGGCUUCGCGCGAUAGGCGGAGAAGCAAGGAGCAGAGCGGGGCAAGGCUGGCCAGCUUGACGGCUCGCGUUGUGGCUUUGGAUUUUCGGAAAAGCAGGCCAAACUUGACGCAGCGGCCCAAGCUUUUUGCAAGGUUCCCACCCCCGCCUUCGCAUUACCUACGGCCAGGGCGAACGCGGCCGCGCGCAGGGCUUCGCGCGAUGGCCGGAGAAAUAAGGAACAGAGCGGGGCUAGGCUGGCUUGCCACCCUGGCGGCUUCGCGGCCUUGGCUUUUGCCAAAAGCCCGCCCCUAGGCGGGCUAUUUGGGAAAAAAAAGCUGCCCAAAUUUGCAACGGUUACGCUUUGAAGCUUUUCGCCCUUGGAGAUAACUUCCCGCGCUCGCACUACGUACGGCCAAGAUGCGGCCGCGGGGCUUCGCACGAUAGCCGAAGAGGCAAGGAACAGAGCGGGGCAAGGCUGGCCGGCUGCGCGGUUUUGCUGCGGCCUGGGGCUUUCGAAGAAGCUGGCCAAACUUGCAAAGGUUUGCAAAGCCCCCCCGCUUUCGCAUUGCCCAGGGCCAAGAUAGAUGCGGCGCCGGGCGGGGCUUCACGCGGUAAGCAGAGAAGCACGGCACAGAGCGGGGCCAGGCUGGCAAGCUGGGCCGACGGCUUUGCGGCCUGAGGUUUUCGGCUUUUCAGGUUUUCAAGAGUCCCAACCAUCGCACUACCUCCGGCCAAAAUGCGGCCGCGCGCGGGGCUUCGCGCGAUAGCCGGAGAAGGGGAAGCAAGGAAAAGAGCGGGGCAAGGCUGGCAAGCUGGACGGCUUAGCGGCCUUGGUUCUUCGGAAAAGCCGGCCAAACUUGAAAAAAAUUCCCAAGCUAGUCCGAGGCUUCCCGCGCUCGCAGUGGCCACGGCUAAAAUGUGGCCCCGGGGCUUCGCGCGAUAGCCGGAGAAGAGAAGAACAGAGGGAGGGAGCGGGGCAAGGUUGGCCAGCUGUGUUGCUUCCUUUGCGGCCUUGCGUCGGUUUUCGGAAAAGCUGGCCAGCCUUGCCGAAGCUUUUCAGGCUUUUCAAGGUUUCCCGCGCUCGCACUCCCUACGGCCAAAAUGCGGCCGCGGGGCUUCGCGCGAUAGCCGGAGAAGCAAGAAACAGAGCGGGGCAAGGCUGGCCAGCUCGACGGCUCUGUGGCCUUGGGUUUCGGCGUUCGCCCGGGAAAUCUAGCCAAGUUUGAGAAAGUUCCUCGAGCAAAUUUGCCCAAGCUUUCCCGCCCGCCCCGCAUUUUUUCCAUACUUACCCUCCUACGGCACGGCCAAAAUUAAUGCGACCCACCGCGGGGCUUCCCGCGAUAACCGGAGAAGCAAGGAACACCGCGGGGCAAGGCUGGCCAGCUGGACGGCUCUGCGCGCGGCUUUGGGCUUUCGGAAAGGCUGGGGGGCCAAACUUGACGAAGGUCCUAAGUAAGGCCAUUCCAAGAGGUCCCGCCCUCGCAUUAGUUGCCACGGGCCAAAAUGUGGCGUAGGGGCUUCGCGCGAUGGCCGGAAAAGCAAGGGGCAGAGCGGGGCAAGGCUGGCCAGCUGGAUGGCUUUGCUUCGGCUUUGGUCGGUGUUUCGGAAAGGCUGGCCAAACCUCAGCAAGUUCUAUUUUUCAGGUUUUUUCAAAUUCAAGGCCUCCCGCGUGCGCAUUACCUACGGCCAAGGUGUGGCCUAUCCGUGGGGCUUCGGGCGAUGGCCGGAGAAGGAAGGGGCAGAGCGGGGCAAGGGUGGCCAGCGGGACGGCUUAUUUGCGGCCUUGGGUGCGUCGGUUUUCGAAAAAGCUGGCCAAACUUGAAAAAAUUUGCCAAGCCUUUUCAAGAUUUCCCGCGGCCGGUCGCAUCACCUACGGCCAAAGUGUGGCCGCGGGGGGGGCUUCGCACGAUAGCCGAGGAAGCAAGGAACGGGGCGGGGCAAGGCUAGCCAACUGAAAGGCUUUGACUGCCUGCGGCCUUGGGUGUUCGAAAAGCUGGACAAACAUGACAAAACUGCUCAAGUUCUUUCAAGGCUGGCCGCCCCCGCAUUACCUGCGGCCAAGGUGUGGCCUCGGGGCUUCGCACGAUAGCCGGAGAAGCAAGGGGCAGAGCGGGGCAAGGCUGGCAGGCUGGACGGCUUUGCGCCCUUGGUUCCCUCUUCGGAAAAGUUGGCCAAACUUGAAAAAAAUCUGCAAGCUUUUGCAAGGUUUCCCGCCUUCGCAACACCAACGGCCAAAGUGUGGCCGCGGGGGUUCGCGUGGUAGCCGGAGAAGCAAGGAACGGAGCGGGGCGAGGUUGGGUGGCCAGCGAGCCCGCUGGAACGUUUUGCGGCCUCGGGUCCUCGGAAAAGGAAAGCUGGCCAGGCUUGCAAAACUUCCCAGGUUCCCCGCUUUCGCAUUACCUGCGGCCAAGUUGGGGCGUCGCGCGAUAGCCGGAGAAGCAAGGAAAAGAGCGGGGCGCGGCUGGCUAGCUUGGCGGCUUUGUGGCCUUGGGGUUUCGGAAAACUUGGCCAAACCUGCCGAAGCUGUUCAACUUUUUGCAAGGUUUCCCGCCCCCUUUUGCAUUACCUACGGCAAGGACGUGGCUGCGGGGCUUUGCGCGAUGGCCGGAGACGCAAGGAGCAGGGAGAGUUGGGCAGGCCAAGGCUGGCCAGCUGGGCAGUUUUCAUUGCGGCCCCGGGUUAGUUUUCGGAAAAGCUGGCCAAACUUGGCAAGGUUUGUUUUUACUUUGGGCGCCCCCAAGGUUUCCCGCCUUCGCAUUACAUUACGCGCGGCCAAGCCGAGGCCGCGCGCGAUGGCCGGAGAAGCAAAGAACAGAGCGAGGCGAGGGCGGCCAGCUGGGCGGCUUUGCGGCCUUGGGUUUCUUUCCGGAAGGGCUGGCCAAACCUGAAGAACAUUGCCUCCCGAGCUUUUUCGAGGUUCCCCGGGCUCUCAUUACCUCCGGCCAACAUGUGACCGCGGGGCUUCGCAGGCACGAUAGCCGGAGAAGCAAGGGGCAGAGCGGGGCAAGGCUGGCCAGCAAACUUGGCGGCUUUGUGGCCUUGAGUUUUCGGAAAAGCUGGCCACACUUGCAAAACCUCCGCAGGCGUUUCGCUUUUUCACCAUUCCCCGCCGGCCCUCCCCUUGCAGUACCUACGACCAAAGUGUGGCCGCGGGGCUUCGCGCGAUGGCCGGGGAAGCAAGGAGCAGAGCGGGGCAAGGCUGGGCAGCUGGGCGGCUUUGCGGCCUUGGCUUUUCGGAAAAGUGGGCCAACCUUGAAACAGCCCCCCGAGUUCUUUCCCGGUUGCCCGCGGUCACACCCACUACCUACGGCCAAGGUGUUGCCUCGGGGCUUCGCGCGGUAGCCGGAGAAGCAGGGAACAGAGCGGGGCAGGGCUUGCCGGCUGGACGGCUUUGCGGCCUUGGGUUUUCGGAUACGCUGGCCAAACUUGAAAAAAGCCCCCGAGCUUUUUCAAGCUCUCCCGCCUUCGCAUUACCUACGGCCAACACUUGGCCGCGGGGGGGGCGUCGCGCGGUCGCCCGCGAUGCAAGGAACAGAGCGGGGCAAGGCUGGCCAGCUGGACGGCCUUGCCGCUUUGAGUUUUCGGAAAAGCUUGCCAAACCUGCAAAAACUCCCGCACGUUCUUCCGUCUUCAAGAUUUCCCGCCUACCUUCGCACUACGUGCGGCCAGGCUGCGACCCCGGGGCCUCGCGCGAUAGCCGGAGAAGCAAGGGACGAAGCGGCGCAAGAUUGGCCAGCGAGCUUGGCGGCCUUGCGGCGUUGGGUUUUCGGAAAACAAAGCGCGCCAAACUUGCAACAGCCCUGCCACCUUUUUCAAGGUUGGUGCCCCGCAUUCGCUUUACCCACGGCCAAAAUGCGGCCAAGGGGCUCCGCGCGAUAGCCGGAGAGGCACGGGGCAGAGCGGGGCAAGGCUGGCAAGCUGGACAGCUUUGCGGCCUUGGGUUUUCGGAGAUAGAAGCAGGCCAAACCGGCAAGGUUUUGUCAAGUUUUUUCAAGGUUUCCCACCCCCACCCUCGCACUACCUGCGGCCGGCCGAAAUUAAUGCGGCCGCGGGGCGUCGCGCGAUAGCCGGAGAAGCAAGGAACAGGGCGGGGCAAGGCUGUUGAGCCCAGACGGCCCCCACUAUAUACGUUCGCGAAAUGAAGCGCAAAAGGAAGGCGAACCAUCGGCCAACCGUCGCCCCGAUCGAUCGGGCUGCCGCCCGUCUGUCGCCCUACACUUGCCAUGUCUCCCGCUCCGAGUUCUCUGCUGUCGCUCUACGUCAAUGAACUGCCUGAGCUAGGUCCGGGCGGGCCCAAAGGAAAGCCUGGCACUGUGAACGAAGCCGAAAACGAUGGCGCUCUGUGUUGCGGCAAGAAGGGAAAAAAAAACACGCGCCCCAUCUGAGCCCGCGGAGGAAAUAAAAAAAGAAAAAGCCCCACCGCCAAGAAUCUGCCGACUUGCUUCGCGAAAUCGCUUGCGAAAAGUUCGCAGAAACCCAGCCGAAACGACCCCCCGAAAAAAGUCGCGCGCGAUUUUGGCAAGCGGGCGGGGCAAUCUCGAAAAGAAAUCGGGCGGGGGCGUGUGAAUAUUCUCGCACACCCUUGGCGGGCGUUCUCGAAUAACCCGAAGGGGGGCCCGAAUAAUCGGGCCGAAUCUUCUCGAAUAGCCAAGAGGGGCAGCCGAAUACUGACUCAGGGCGAGCGUUCUCGAGCCAAUAUUCAAGGGGGAAGGCCGAACAACCAGGGGGGGCGAACGCUCGCCAAUAUUCAAGAUGGAAGGAAGGCCGAAUAUGCAGGGAGAAUAAACGGGCUCAAAUAUUCAAGAGGGGACGGCGAAUAUUCAGGGAGAACGCUCGCCAAUAUUCGAGAAGGGGCUCCGAAUAUUCAGACGAUGAAUAUUCAGGGAGAGGGAGCAUCUCGCCGCAUCUCUUCAAGAAGGAGCGCCGAAUAGUCAGGGAGAUAACCCCGCGCCCCCUCCCCAAUACCCAAGAAGGCGCGCCGAAUAUUCUGGGCGAGCGUUCUCGAAUAUUCAAGGGGGGCGCGCCGAAUAUUCACGGAGGGCAUUCCCGAGUAUUCAAGGGGGGGCGCCGAUCACUUGGGGCGAGUGCUCUCGACUAUUCCGGGGGGAGUGCCGAAUAUUCAGGAAGAACGCGCCCGAAUAUCCAAAGUAAGAGGCCCGCCGAAUAUCCAGGGCGGAUGUCCCUUCUCCAAUAUUCAAGAAGGCACGCCGAAUAUUCCGGGGGAAUGUUCUCGAAUAUUCAAGGGGGCGUGCCGAAUAUUCAGGGGGGGCGUUCCUUCUCGAAUAUUCUUUCAAGGAGAGGCGCCGGCCGAAUAUUCAGGGCGAAUAUUCCCGAAUAUUCAAGGGGGCGCGCCGAAUAUUCCGGGAGAAUAUUCCCGAAUAUUGGCGGGGGAGCUGCGAAGAUUCGGGGGGGAUACUCUCGAAAACCCCGGGAGAACAUUCUCGAGGAUACAUACGCAAGGGGGAAUGCCGAUCGCGUAAAUAUUCAGGGGCGGUAUUCUCGAAUAUCCGCAGAGGCUUGCCGAAUAUUCAGGAAGGCAGCAGAUUCAAUGCUCGAAUAUUUAAGAAAGGCGGGGCGCCGAGUAUUCCGGGCGAAUGUUCUCGAACAUUCAAGGGGGGGCGCCGAACAUUCAGGGCGAGCGUUCGUUCUCGAAUACCUGGGGGCGUGGGCCGAAUAUUCAGGGAAGCUGUUCCCGAAUAUUUCAGGGGAAGCGCCGAAUAUUCAGGGAGGGGCCUUCCGAGUACCCAAGGGGGAGCGCCGAAUAUUCAGGGAGAAUAUUCCCCAAUAUUCCGAAGCAUUUUCCGAAAUCCAGGGGGAACCAAUGCCACAGAUCGGGGGGGAUGCUCCCGAACCAAUAUCCAAGGGGGGGCGCCGAACAUUCAAAAAGGGGCGCCGAAUAUUCAGGGCGGGUGGGUGUUCGCGAAUAUCCGAGGGGGAGUGCCGAAUAUUCAGGGUGAAGGCUUCUCCAAUGUGAUGGCGACAGGUGAAGACGACAGGUGGACGCGACAGGUGGGAGCGACAGGCGGGGCCGACAGGUGGCGGCGACAGGUGAGGGCGACAGGUAAAGGCGACAGGUAAAGGCGACAGGUGAGGCGACACGCGAAGCGACAGGCGAAGCGACAGGCGAAACGGCAGGCGAAGCGACAGGCGAAACGACAGGCGAAACGACAGGCGACGACGACAGGCCAAAAGCCGCAGGCCUUCAUGCGGUAGGCUCCGCACCAGCAGCAGCAACAAAAAAAAUUAAAGAGCUAGCUACCUCCGCGAGCAAAAUUGCAGCGCUUUUAUUUUUUUUCACGUGCAUAAAAUAAUAAUAAUUCCGAUUUUUGGUUUUGUACAUGAAUAAAAAUAAAAGCGCUCCUGCCUUUUUCUUCUCGGAGGUAAGUGAGUCGCUGCGUUUUUUGCUGCUGCUGCUGGUGCGGAACCGCGUGGGAUGUUGCCACCUUUGGCCUGUCCCCGGCGCCUGUCGUUUCGCCUCUCCUUUCGCCUGUCGUUUCGCCUCUCCUUUCGCCCCAUUACGAACAAACUCUUUUUUUUCAUGGCAGGCGCGUUUUAAUUUUCAAAAAUAAAUACUGGCUUACUUCUGAAAUAAAGCAAAUGCUAUCUAUUUUUGAAAAAUAAAAAGCAACUGAGAAGCGCAUGCUUUGGAAUUUCUUCACUCCGCCUCAGGUCAAUUCAUUCACGUGCGUGAGGUAGUUACUUUUUUCGGAUAAGAGCAAAGUAAUUACUUUUUGCACGUGAAUAAAAUCGAAAGUAAAAGAAUUACUUUUUUCCUGUCGAAAGUCAGUAACUCUUUUAUUUGUUUUUUGCUUUGAAUGUUCGCGCUGCUUGUGCAAAACCGCAUGAGAAGUUGCCAUUUUUGGCCUGUCGUCGUCGCCUGUCGUUUCGCCUCUCCUUUUGCCUGUCGUUUCGCCUCUCCUUUCGCCUGUCGUUUCGCCUGUCGUUUCACCUCUCGCCGUCACCUGUCGCGGUCACCUGUCGCCGUCACCUCUCGUCUGGGGUAUGUGAUUACAGAACCCGGAAGUCAAGCAAUAUAAAUAUUAAUCUCAUAUUCUACCUAAUCCAGCAUGACAAAUUGCAUUUUUCUGGUUUGAAAAAUUUGUGAUGCAACUCGUACUACACUAGUACGGUACUUUUGCAAAUUGCAAUGCAUAUCGCGGAACAAAAAGCCGCGGCAGUUCUCGUGGCGAAGCUGCACGAGGAACGGAGUAUCAAAUGCAAAUCUGUCUGGGUCUGGAAGAACGCAAGACUUGUCAUGCUUGUCUGGCAUGACUGAAGAGUUUGUGAUGCCUGUCCAAGAAGAGACCCUUUUGCUUGUCAUGCAAAAACGCACUUUGUCAUGCGGAAGGCGCAAGAACGUUAACCCUUGCACAUAUUUCUCAUGCUUAGCUGUGCAUUACAAAACAUUCACAAUUCACAACCCAGCAUUGCAACUUUCCAGACAUACUUAUUUGCAUUUGAUACGGAAGCGCCUUCUGCAACAGUUUGUCGACUUGCGCCUUGCGCUGGUGGAGUUGCAGCCGGCGGGUGCAGAUCAUGGUGGUGCAACUGAAGAAAACAAGAACCGAAAGGAACAGGAGAGGCAGACACAGAGUACGAGCGGAGGUGGUAAAAAUCAAACACCUGGUCCUGAUCAACACAAUAAUGCCGUCUAUGAAACUGAAGCUGAACAACAAGAUGUUGAGAAUUACGAAAACGAUGCCGCCAGGAGGAAGCGGCUCGCGGAUUUUCUGUCGCCGCAGGUGCUGACAGGUUAUCCUGAGUAAAAACAUCCCCACCCCAGAGUCCAGAUGGAGACUCUGCAACACAAACCUUGAAGUUUUGGGAGUAACGCAUGACAAGUUGCAGGCUGUACUGUAGUGCAGCGUAGCAAGGGAAGCCGCAUCCGUCUCCUUAUCCUGUUUACAGCAUUACAAGUUCCAAAACACAAUGGGAAAUGCCUCUCAUUGGGAUGCGCAUUACGAAUGGCGCUCUUGUGCUUGCAAGUCUGCAUGACAACUCUGGGGUCGCAUUUUGUUUAGCAUGACAACUCUGGGGUGGGGAUGUUUUUACAUAGGAUACCGGUUUCUCUCUCUUCACCUUCGCCUACGUCGGACUGCAUCUCGUUUUCCCUCGGCUCGGCCGGCGAUUCGGCACCGUUCUGGCGGCUUUGCACCUCAGUCACGGUCUGGUCGUGCGAGAGCAAGUGUUUGGAAAACCGAUUUUAAAAACCCUCUGCGGACCGAAGCUAGAGCGGUGUAACUUCCACUACCGGAUGCAGGACAGAAUCGUCGAGAUGCUUUUACUAUGAACUGCAAAAAUAUCGUACUCGUAUAAAUGCAUUACAAAUUUCCUCAGAGUCAGAAUGAGAAUUAGAAUUUGCAAUGCGGAUUUCCCUUAAGAAAAAAAUUUGUCAUGCAACAAUUGCAUUUAUAAGACUACGAUACUUUUGCAGUUCAUAUUUACUCCUCGGGGAUCGAGCAGGAGGAAGGAACAGUAAAGAUAAUGCUCCACCCUCCCCAGCAGCCAUGGAGCUCCGUGAGGAGAUCUUGAAAUCGGUUGUGUCGAAAAUUGUUCGCGUUUGCAAACUAUGAAAUGUAAAAGUGUCUGGGUCUGGAAGAAUGCAUGUUUGUCAUGCUUGUCUGGCAUGACUCUUAGAUCUGUCAUGCACGUUACCCAAAAGCUCUAUUUCUCUGCGAUGCAGAAACGCAGUUUGUCAUGCAGAAUAGGCAACACCUAGAAGCUCAGAAACUUGUCAUGCUGAGCCAGCACUUGCAGCCUCAUCAUGAGACGCCACCCAGCAUCACAAGUUUCCAGACCCAGACAUUUUUACUUUUGAUACAAACAACUGCAGGAGAAAGUGCCGCGUCUGACUUUCGACUCGCUGGUGCAGCAAUUUCCGGAACCGAGGAAAAUGACAAUUACGAGCAGAAUUAUCAAAGUGAAAAAUCCCCCUCCCCACAUCGAAAAGGUAUGUUUCUGAAAAUUUGUGUUGCUGAUUUGAGGUCACAAAUCACGUCUGUCUUGCAAGAAAACAGGCGCAGAGGCUUCCGCACCACUAUGGAAGCGAUUUGGCAUGCUGUUGCGCCUAGGGGGCACCCGUUUGCAAUGCUAAGCAACUAGACCUAUACGCCCGUAACUAGGCCGAGGAUCUGACUGCGAUGCCUUACUGCAAGACAGAUCCGAUUUGUGUACCCAAAUCCUGCAUCACAGAUUUCCACUUCGAUAUGGGGAGGGGGGAUUUUUCCUUUUGAUAAGAAUAGAGUCAACAUCUUCUGAACAAGCACCUGCUCCUGUGUUAAUGUUGGACGAGGAGGAACAAGGAGGUGCAAGCAGUUCGAAUUUUAGUUACAGCAGCACUAGCACAGGCGCAAGAAGAACAUCCUCGGCGAUUCCAGAUACAGAUAAGGACUACAAUUUUGACGACAAGAGCUGGAACUGCUAUGCUUACCUCACUUCCCUCCUGGAUUUCCUGUCUUUUUCCGCCGAAGCAGCCCAGUACGUCCUCUUUGAUGCGAUCGUGUGUUCCUGCGAAUGGCUCACCCAGUCCCUGGUCUUCCGUGUGUUUUUCCACGACCUCUACAUUGCGGUAUGGCUUUUCGUAUGCACUGCAAAAGUAUCGUGCUCGUAUAAAUGCAUUACAAAUUGUCUCAGCAUGAGAAAUAGAAUUUGUGACGCAGAUUUACCUUAAGAAAAAGAUUAGUAAUGCAUGAUUGCAAUACCAAUACGAGUGCGAUACUUUUUCACAGGAUACUUCGACCCAGUGGGCUUACCAUGGCUGGCGGAGGAAGUUGUCGUUUUUUUCAUAUCCACCGGCGCAGAAGUUCUUGUUCCUUCUGCUGUUGUAAAUAGCUGUAGACAGCACGAACGGCGAAGUAAUACUCGUACGAUGAUUCUUGCAAACGUCAAAUAUGACAAUGUUCUGAUGUGUUUUAUUCCCAACUGUGUCCAGACGUGCUCUACUUCUACAUCAAUGCAGGUCCAUCAACCUUUUGCGGAACUUUCCAUACCUCGAGGAUUUCUACGACAUCUAUCAAAGUGAAAAAAGCCCCCACCCCAUAUUCGGAAACGGAAGAUGCGCGAAUUUGUGAUGCUGUAUUUGAGUACACAAGUCGCCUUGUAUUGCUAGAAGGCCAAGAGACGAAGCUGCGGCCUAAGUUGCAGGUAAUCUGUCAUGCUGUUUCCCACUUCCAGUUGCCUCCUGUCAUCCUGGAGCUGCAAAGCUUUCCCACGCUAGACAGCACUACAGUCCGCAUCUUUUGCCUUCUAGCAUCACAAAGCUGAUUUGUGGCCACAAAUCUGCAUCACAGAUUUCUGUUUUGAUAUGUGGAGGAGGCAUUUUUCAUUGUAAUAACAUCAGCGCUAUCUUCGAACACUACGCGGGGGUGUUGUUGGCUUUUGACUACUGAUGAAAUAGAUCAUCUCCGGGUUGGAAGACAAGAUGAAAAUGCCGAGCAGUUUGGGAGACAUAAGUGCCGUAGUUAACCACGCAUGUAAGUCAUCGACUGUCUGUGCGUGCACGUGUUUCAUCGUUUCAGUCAUUUCAUUCUUGUACGCAAUGUCAAUCCUGAAAGUCUUCUAUGAUCGAGACUGGCGAGAAUAUUUGUGUGGAUCAUGUACCGACUAAUUCUAUGGUACUAAUGCCCAAAAGUCCAUUUUCACGUUUCUUACUUUUCGCUUUCCCUGCUUUCCUCGUUUCUCUUGUUGAGGGAGAUGGUAUAGCAGCCUAUCGAGAAGUUUCGACUACAAUCGUGAGCACGUCGGGUUUCAUAACCGCGGCGGUUUGUGACUAGAGCUGCGAAGAUAAAGAACAUUUUCAACUGCCCUCACCGCAACACGAGCAGCCACUAAUGAAAAGAACUUCACAACCCGCUAAUGACAAAAAUGUUUCAGUUCCCCCCGUUUCUAGCAAAGAAAUCCUUGCUGCAGCUGGAGCUACUAGUAGCGCUGGGUCAUGCAGCUGGCCUGACGAAAUGCUCUCGGGCAUGACAGUAU